AUGGUGUCCGAAAAUGAUAUCCAGGGCUGGAUAAUGAGCUGUAUCAGCGGCAUCGCGUGUGCACUCGGAUCCGGCCUCAUCUGCGUGGACGUCAUUGCACAGUACUUCGGCAAGAAGGACUUUAGGAUAGCGGAGAGCGAUGUCUUCCUGUCAUCUUCGCUGAGCCUGAGCGGCGGCGUGGUACUUUUUACGGCCUUGUAUAGUAUGCUGCCUGCCUCGAAGAACUACCUGACCCGAGCCGGAUAUUCCCCACAGCUAGCGGCAUACACCCUCAUAGUGCUGUUCUUAUCUGGUAUCAUCGUUAUAAACAUCUUCUCCACCUUGCUCCAUCGAUGGAUGCCUUCUCACGUUGUCAGUUGCGGGCACUCGCAUUCACAACCUCACAAGGCCCAUGAUAUCGAGCAAAUAGCGGAUACAACGCAUAAUGCGCAACCUGAAACCACGGAGACUACCCCUCUCCUGCCGCAUAGCCACGGCGGUACUAGAUCUAGUGGCCAGUCUGAUCCUCAUCAACAUACCGGUGCAUCCCACCAGCAUGGAGUAGGAACACUGAACAAGUCGUCGGUCACGGCACAGCUUUCGGAGCAGCUAAACCGUAUAAUGGGCGGAUCUUCUAAACCCUCGUGUGCAAAUGGCAAAUGUUUUGGUGUUUCGCAAGCUUGUGGGCUCGAGUGCAGGAAGCUCAGGGUACAGGUCGAGCCUGGGGAAGUGACCGACGUUACCAUCCUUACCCAACCUGCAACCAAUGACAGAGAAGCCACUCAUCAUCCAACUGCUGGUACUGCUGAAGAAGCUGGCUCCGGCCAUCUUACCGAACAAGUGGUUCUCGGUACAUCGGCCAGCACUGCAACCACCGCUUAUGCCCCCUCGCCACCUUCUGAACAGCCUUCAGCGCAUCAUCAUCAUGUCCCACAGAAUGCAUUUUUAUCCAUCGGCCUCCAAACUUCCCUCGCCAUAGCUUUGCAUAAACUCCCAGAAGGAUUCAUCACCUAUGCUACCAACCACACAAACCCCGCCCUCGGCUGGUCCGUUUUCGUCGCAAUUUCCAUCCACAAUAUUACAGAGGGCUUUGCCAUGUCUCUGCCUCUGUACCUAGCACUCAGGUCACGACUUAAAGCCAUCAUCUGGUCCAGUCUGCUAGGUGGUAUAAGUCAACCUGCAGGAGCAGGGAUAGCUGCUCUAUGGAUUUGGGGUUCGUCCAAGUAUAAUAGGCCUAUAGGUGAGGGUCAUCCAGACGGGCCUUCCUCAGCUGUAUAUGGUUGUAUGUUUGCAAUCACAGCUGGUGUCAUGACGAAUGUAGGUCUGCAACUCCUUGCCGAAAGCAUGAUGCUCUCUCACAGGAGAGGGCUGUGUAUAGGCUUCGCCUUUGCAGGCAUGGGUAUCAUUGGUCUCAGUUUUGCAUUGACAGCUAAAUAA